AUGGAAAGAGGACGAGUAUCAAUUAAGAAACGCAGCUGGGACCAGAAGAAAAAGGCCAAUGAGAUCCAGGGGACUAAUGACCAUGCAUUGGGUCCCCCAAAAGACGGGGCCUACCCGCCGUUCACACUUCGCCAGUGGAACGAGGUCUUCGAUAUCUUCGCAAAGCUCAACAACAAGUGCCCACACCUGGAUGGCGACCUCACAGACAUGACAAUGAAUGAACUGAAGGGGUGUGUUCUGGUUAUCGUUGACAGCAAGGCAGGCCGACAGAUCGACGGCAUCUACCUGGCCGACCCUCACUUCUCCCGCCAUGAUGGAUACUCUUUCACCAGCGAGCCCGGGACCAUGAAUAGGGAACAGAUUGCUGAUAUGCGAAAAGGCCGCAACAUCCGUGAAGGGAGCGGCAAGGAGCAGUUCUGGGUUCUGUCCUGGACGCUUACUCCUGAUUUUGGUACAAUGUCAAGUAUGUCGACGAGGGGACUGGCGACAUCAUACAGUUAUGACUCCAUCUUUUGGAACGCAUACUAUGAGUUCACGCCCUUUUCGUUCCCCAACGUACUCUAUAUGGACGCUAUAGGAUUUGCAGAAGGGAUUGCGUCUAAGGGGCAGGAUGAUCUAUGGAAGGCAAGCAACGGCGAAUUGACUGCUAUGGCCAUGGCUGUGAACCUAGCCAUUGUGAGCAAGAAUUGUUAUGUGGGCGGGGGAUCAAUUUGGCCAGGGGAGGACCGCUCGAGUCCCGUCGGCGAUUGCCCGUAUGACACUCUCGGAGCCACAUCCUCAUUCACCGAUAAUAUGCUCAACUUCGUUUUCAAGCCUCAAAAUGAAGACUAA